GUGAAGACUUUCUGAAGUGUUGUCAUGAUUCAUCAGACCGGUGAAUCAUCUUUUAUAUAAAAUAUAUCUUAACAUAAAUACGGCAUGUUGCAAAUUCGAUAUUCAGAAAAAACAGGGGUUGUCAAACCUGUGACAUUGGCUUUCCUCCAGUAGACUCCAUCCAACAGGAUGAGUCAAGAUGUAAUUUACAUCUCAUCAUUGGAUCCAGAAAGUCACUGACUGUAUUGGGAGUCAUGAAGCUGGAUAUGCAUGUCAACUGCCUCUUACUGCCGUUCAAGGCGAUCUAUUUCUUCCUACUAGCAGGAAUGUCAUGCAUUUUGCCGUUCUUGCCGGUCUACAUGCACCAACUUGGCCUUUCCGUGGUUGAAACUGGCCUCAUCCGAAGCCUUGAGCCACUUAUCAGCUUCUUGGCUAGCCCGGUCUGGGGCAGUGUGGCCGACAAAUUCAGCAAGCAUAAACUCAUAUUGGUAGUAUCACUUAUAGGCAGUGAACUGCUCACAUUCGCCAUCUUUUUUGUUCCAUCAACUGAUACAUCUUUUGUACACCAUAAUGAGAAGUCAACCAAUGAGAGUUGGACUUGGAGUUUAAACUGCAGCUUGCCUGAUUGGACUACGAGCUCAUUUUGCUGUGAUUCUGACCAAUCAGAAUGCUCCAGAUCGGAGAUUUGUGGGGACUUUUGUAACGCAACACGGAUAAUGAGUAGUGCUACAGAGUUACCGUCAUAUUCCAAGCCUGAUUCUUAUUUGUAUUGUUCAUUUUGUAUGCCAUCAAAAGUACUUGUCAAAACAGCUCCAACACUAAAUGCCACCCUACAACACACCGAUAAAUUGUCUCCUUUACUCAGGGUCAACUGCCUUCAGGAUGAUGCGUUACAGAAAACACCCAAAGCAAAUUUUUCAUGUUUUCAAGAAAAGGCAGAGGAUCCUAUGUGUGUUUCUUCAUUGAAUCAGACAGUGCUUGGGUACCUCAAUGGAUGUAAUGAAUGGACACAGUGUACAUGUGCAAAUGUAACAACAGAAUCCGACUCCGAACUGCCGUCUGAUGAUGGUCACGUUAGCAACUCAACAGUCUUCAUCUUAUUCAUCAUUUUGGUUCUCUCAAGUAAAGUCUUUCUGUGUAAUGUGUUUCCUCUAUUGGAUUCAUCCCUCAUGUUAACAUUAAGAGAUCGACCCCAGGACUACGGCAAGCAGCGUUUAUGGGGAGCUAUUGGUUGGGGCUCCUUUGCUCUUGUAAGCGGUUUUACUAUCGACGCAAUCAGUGUUAACUCUACCAAGGCCAACUACAACCCUGCGUUUUAUCUUUUCCUUGGGCUAACCACCGUCAGUGUGGUAUCAGCUGCUUUCAUGCCCAAUCCGCCGCACAAAGCCAACAAAAAAAUGCUCAAAAAUUUCUGUGGAUUACUGAUGCAGUCGAACAUCAUCACUUUUAUCUUUGUGGUGUUUGUCGCCGGGAUGUCCUUUGGAAUCAACGGGACGUAUCUUUUUCUUUUCCUCGAAGAAUUAAAUAGCCCCCAUAGUCUCAUGGGGAUGACGUUAACAGUCAGCAGCGUUUCAGAAGUUUUCUUUCUGUUUUAUGCUGGACCUAUCAUCAAGAAAAUAACCUGUAUAGGUGUUGCGUAUUUGACAUUACUUUGCUACGCGGUGCGAUUUCUUGGAUAUUCACUUAUCAGUAAUCCCUGGUUAGUGCUUCCGUUUGAACUGCUACAUGGCUUCACUUACGGGGUUUUCUGGGCUGCUUGUACAACUUUUGCCAGUGCUAAUGCUCCAUCAGGAAUGACUACAACUUUGCAAGCCGUCAUUUCAGCCUUCCAUGUUGGAGUCGGGAAAGGAGUUGGGACAGUUCUUGGUGGAAUCGUCUACCAGGAGUGGGGGAGUAGAACCCUAUUCAGAGCCUUCCUAUUUCUGUGCCUUGGGACCAUUGUGGUUUAUUUCCUUCUACGUCGUUUCUUAGUGGAUGGAGUGGAAGGGCCGAUGGCCGUGUACAGGAAGUUCUCGCUGGUCAAGGGAGAACCAACAACUACAGAUUUAUCAGGAAGAGAUGAACCUGAUAAUGAUUGUGAAGGAGUAUCAACUAGUCAACAUAUGCAACUCACCAUGACAACCAUCAACCAAUCACAUCCUGAUAGUCCACCUGUCACAAAGACCUACCACACACACCGUCCUCUUCUUCAUAUGCAACUUCCAAAUACACCAGAUUCCCCUGAUGAUGAUGACAACACAUCUCCAGGCUGCUCCAGUCUCUCCAAGCUACUCACCAUGGAGGAUCGACUCCCAGCUCUCGGACAAGAAGUCUUAGAGAUGAGAGAAGGUCGACCACCAGUAGUUGGUGAAGAGUCUGAUGAGCGUUGUGAAGAUCGAAGUAACAAGGGCAAGCAAACUAUGGUGUAGAUCAUUGUGAAGAUCGAAGUAACAAGGGCAAGCAGACUAUGGUGUAGAUCAUUGUGAAGAUCGAAGUAACAAGGGCAAGCAGACUAUGGUGUAGAUCAUUGUGAAGAUCGAAGUAACAAGGGCAAGCAGACUAAGGUGUAGAUCAUUGUGAAGAUCGAAGUAACAAGGGCAAGCAGACUAUGGUGUAGAUCAUUGUGAAGAUCGAAGUAACAAGGGCAAGCAGACUAAGGUGUAGAUCAUUGUGAAGAUCGAAGUAACAAGGGCAAGCAGACUAAGGUGUAGAUCAUUGUGAAGAUCGAAGUAACAAGGGCAAGCAGACUAUGGUGUAGAUCAUUGUGAAGAUCGAAGUAACAAGGGCAAGCAGACUAAGGUGUAGAUCAUUGUGAAGAUCGAAGUAACAAGGGCAAGCAGACUAAGGUGUAGAUCAUUGUGAAGAUCGAAGUAACAAGGGCAAGCAGACUAUGGUGUAGAUCAUUGUGAAGAUCGAAGUAACAAGGGCAAGCAGACUAAGGUGUAGAUCAUUGUGAAGAUCGAAGUAACAAGUGCAAGCAGACUAUGGUGUAGAUCAUUGUGAAGAUCGAAGUAACCAGGGCAAGCAGACUAAGGUGUAGAUCAUUGUGAAGAUCGAAGUAACAAGGGCAAGCAAACUAUGGUGUAGAUCAUUGUGAAGAUCGAAGUAACAAGGGCAAGCAAACUAUGGUGUAGAUUUCAAUAUUUUUUCUUUUUGGGACACGUGAAUUUUAAGCGUUUAAAUUUAUUAUUCUUGGUGAAGUAAGCUAAUGGGAAUUUGAGGCAUUGUAUGGUGAGGUAAAAUAUUUGGUUUGCGGUAAUACCAUGUGUGUAUCUACUUGCUGGGUAGAUUAUGUUCUUAGAGAACUUGUCUUGCUUUAUAUUCUGCUACCCCAGAGUAGAUUUUGGGAAUGCGGGAGACUUUUCUACUACCCCGAAGUAGAUUUUUGGAAUAUCAGAGACAAUUCUCAGAAAAAUGGCCCAGACUAUUAAGGAUGUGAUGACUAAAGCAGGCUAGGUGAAACAUUGAGACCAAUUAAGAACUCACUCCAAUUCAGUAAAAUUAUAACGAGAAGUCCCCUUGAUUCACUAAGCGAGAGUAGUCCCGGCCGAUUUCCUGGCAGGUAGAUCUACCCAUGGUGUUACUGCAAACCGAGGUUAAACUUACUGUUAUUUAGAUUUUAAUGAAGAUCUUGCAUAUAGGGGCAGCAACCUCUAAGCUUGGUUCCUGUGUGUCAAACAAAUAUAAGAACUUCAAGUCAAAUUUAGCAAUCAUCAAGUUGAUUGGUCUGAGGUCACCUCGGACGACCAAUCAAAACACAGAUAUGGAAAGCUUACUUUCGGUCGUCUACAUGCUGUGUGUCGUCCACAUGUGUAUUAUGUAUACCAUGUAUACAGUACACUAUGCAUGCACGAGGUACUUGCAUGUAAUUGGUGUAGAAUUUUACUGCGUAUCUCUAUGUGAAAUGAAUAAGGGAAUCAAUGUGUGGUGAAGAGGUUUUCAACUAGUGGUAUAAU